GCGCCGGGGAGCUCGAGCCAGGCCCAGCCCCGGAGGAAGGAGGGUCCUCGGGUCCAGCAGCCCCGCGGGCCACCGCGCCCCGCCGGCCGCGCUGCAGGGAGGAUGCGGACAGCGGACGGGAGCGUGCGCUGCCACGUGACGGCCGCUAUAAGAGCGCCCCGGCCGGAGGCCCCGCUCCUGCCGCGCCUCCUCCCGGGCUGCGCUCCCCUCCCGGCGCCCAGCUCCUCCGAGCCACCAACCUGCGGCUGUCACGGCCGCUCGCGCCCCCGCAGCACCAUGACAGAUCAGGCCUUUGUGACACUGACCACAAACGAUGCCUACGCCAAAGGUGCCUUGGUCCUGGGCUCAUCUCUGAAACAGCACAGGACCACCAGGAGGCUGGCCGUGCUCACCACCCCGCAGGUCUCAGACUCCAUGAGAAAAGUUUUAGAGACAGUUUUUGACGAAGUCAUAAUGGUAGAUGUCUUGGACAGUGGUGAUUCUGCUCAUCUAACCUUAAUGAAGAGGCCUGAGUUGGGCGUCACGCUGACGAAGCUCCACUGCUGGUCACUUACACAGUAUUCAAAAUGUGUGUUCAUGGAUGCAGAUACUCUGGUCCUAGCAAAUAUUGAUGAUCUUUUUGAAAGAGAAGAAUUGUCAGCAGCACCAGACCCAGGGUGGCCUGACUGCUUCAAUUCCGGAGUCUUUGUAUAUCAGCCUUCAGUUGAAACAUAUAAUCAGCUCUUACACCUUGCUUCCGAGCAAGGUAGUUUUGAUGGUGGGGACCAGGGCUUACUGAACACAUUUUUUAGCAGCUGGGCAACAACAGAUAUCAAAAAACACCUGCCAUUUAUUUAUAACCUAAGCAGCAUUUCUAUAUACUCCUACCUCCCAGCGUUUAAAGCGUUUGGUGCAAAUGCCAAAGUUGUGCAUUUCCUGGGACGAGUCAAACCAUGGAAUUAUACAUAUGAUCCCAAAACAAAAAGUGUCAGAAGUGAGUCCCAUGAUCCCACCAUGACUCAUCCAGAAUUUCUCAACCUGUGGUGGGACAUCUUCACCACCAAUAUUUUACCUCUGCUUCAACAAUUUGGCCUUGUCAAAGACACCUGCUCAUACCUAAAUGUGCUUUCAGACUUGGUCUAUACACUGGCUUUCUCUUGUGGCUUCUGUAGAAAGGAAGAUGUCUCAGGAGCCAUAUCACACCUGUCCCUCAGGGAGAUCCCAGCUCAGCCUUUUGUAUCCUCAGAAGAACGGAAGGAACGGUGGGAACAAGGCCAGGCUGAUUAUAUGGGAGCUGAUUCCUUUGACAACAUCAAGAGGAAACUUGACACUUACCUCCAGUAGAAACACUGCCAUUUUCCCCUGGACACAUCCACUUCACAGGCACUUAUUUCUGAUACUUAGUAUCUAGAGCUGGGUUGAGAAAAGUCUGUUACAGUUGCUAGAAGCUUUCACUAAAACUCAUCAGAUGAGGGGUUUUUGCAGGACAACAGGUAAGAGAACUGGGCAAAAGUUAUAAAGUAGCAGUUCUGUUAUAUGGACAGUAUUCUGCUUUCUUACCCUAGAUUUAUUUAGCUGUUUCAAAAAUUCUCACCUAUGCUGAUUGUCAGCAUGCAUUGUAAGGAACUCAUCAUUAAGUUGUUAACGAUGGCUCUGUCAACUCUUAUAAUGUGCAGAAUCAGGCUCUAAAUCAGUCUCUCCCUUCAGAACAGGACAUGGCCUCUGUCCCUUGCUUGUUGUACCUUUCAUUAGACCUGCAUUGUAGAAUUGCCUAGUGGCUGCCAGAGUGAUUGUAAUUCUGCUUUCAGGUAAAGGCAGCCUACAGUAAUACUGCUGAAUGAUUCAUAAACAUAUCAACAAAUGGCGUUAACUCAUUUUAUUUCCUAGUCUUAGUGUCUGAAGAUGUUCACCAGUUUUCUAUGUACAGUAAGGCAGCAUGCUAAAAUGCUUUUGUUCAGUUCUGUAUAUUCAAAAAUAGCAAUGUGUUCUCUGAUGGUUACCUGCAGUGGCACUCUGUAAGAAAAAUAAAGACAUAUUGCUAUA